UAAGAUGGCGACGAAAAAAACGCGUCUUGUGUGUGAAUGUAAUCAUAACAAAUUGUGAUUUUUAUUAAUAAAUGUGUUUAAAAGCGCCUAAGAAUUGUUUAAAAACAUUAACAAAUACAAAGUGCAUGAAAUACAUAUGAAAUUGUGUAUGAAAAACAAAUAAAAAUGGCAACAAAUAUGUAUCGUGUCGGAGACUAUGUCUAUGUGGAGACAUCUCCGAAUAGUCCAUAUCUUAUACGCCGCAUAGAGGAAUUAAAUAAAAAUCAAAGCGGCAAUGUUGAGGCAAAAGUUAUGUGCUUCUAUAGAAGACGUGAUCUUCCAAAUCCCCUGGUUCAAUUAGCUGAUAAACAUCAACUGGCAACUGCUGAAGACUCACCUCUGGCAACGAAGCUGAAGAAAACAUGGCUUAGAACACCAGUAGGAGAAGAACAGGCUGCACAAGCUGUGCUAGAUCCUUCGAUAGCUGCCCUUGAUGAAGAACGUACAAGCCCGGUCAGUACAGCUGGUGAUAAAGCUGGUGUCGGUGGCGGCAAUAAUGCAUCUUCCGAAAGAAGUGAACCCCUAACGGCUAAACAACGCUAUCAAAUCAAACAUCGUGAAUUAUUUCUAUCACGACAAGUUGAGUCAUUACCCGCCACACAAAUACGAGGCAAAUGUUCGGUGACAUUGCUAAAUGAAACGGAAUCUCUGCAAAGUUAUAUAAAUAAAGACGAUACGUUUUUCUAUUGCUUAGUAUUUGAUCCAACACAAAAAACUCUAUUGGCCGAUAAGGGUGAAAUACGUGUGGGUAGCCGUUAUCAAAGUGAAAUUCCUGCUAAACUAAAAGAUACCCUAACGGAUGAGCGCAAAUUAGAAGAUUUAGAGACAUUGGUUUGGACACCGCAUCACAGUCUAAAUGAUCGUAAAAUCGAUCAGUUUUUAGUUGUAUCGCGUUCCAUAGGCACAUUUGCACGAGCUUUAGACUGUAGUAGUUCAGUUAAACAGCCCUCUUUACAUAUGUCAGCUGCAGCAGCAAGUCGUGACAUAACAUUGUUUCAUGCUAUGGACACUUUGCACAAACACAAUUAUUCCAUAGAAGAGGCAAUGUGUUCCUUAGUUCCUUCCACUGGUCCAGUUUUAUGCCGAGACGAAAUUGAAGAUUGGAGUGCUUCGGAGGCCAAUCUCUUUGAGGAGGCCCUAGAUAAAUAUGGCAAAGAUUUUAAUGAUAUACGACAAGAUUUCCUGCCCUGGAAAACCCUAAAACAAAUUAUAGAAUAUUAUUACAUGUGGAAAACCACGGAUCGUUAUGUGCAACAAAAACGUGUCAAGGCUGUUGAGGCGGAAUUAAAACUUAAACAAGUUUAUAUACCGCAAUAUAAUUCAAAUAAAACUGGCACCAAGGGCAGUGGUGGUAACAUUUAUAAUGGCACAACAAAUGGUGGGGCCGAUGUCUCAAAUAUGGGAAAGCCCUGUGAAUCAUGUACCGCCCUCAAGUCAUCACAAUGGUAUCCCUGGACAAGUGGCCAUGUGCUGGGUCGUUUGUGUCAAAGCUGUUGGGACUAUUGGAAAAAAUAUGGUGGUCUUAAGUGUAAAAAUGAUGGCACUGAAGAUAAGAAGAAAUUAGCCGAUCAGGAGGAUGACAAAGUCAGUGACUUAUCUAAUCGUCAACUGCACAAAUGUUCAAUUGUCAGUUGUGGCAAAGAAUUUAAACUUAAGACCCAUUUAGCACGACAUUAUGCCCAGGCGCAUGGUAUUGCAAUUAGCUCGAGUUCGCCUCGGCCCAUAAUGAAGACACGCACGGCAUUCUAUUUACACACAAACCCAAUGACGCGAUUGGCGCGUAUUAUAUGCCGGCACAUAAUAAAACCCAAAAGAGCGGCCAGGCAGACAUCGUAUGCCAUCAACACGCAACUGGUGAAACAAGAAUUUAAUAAUCGCAUGAGCGGUAAAUCUGAGGCCGAAAUCAAAAAAAUCCUUCUGCUAAAGAAAAAAGAACGCGGCAGUGUAACAAAAAUUGCCAAUCGUUUGGGUUCACCCGGUUCGGGUCCACACGAAUGGUUGAUAUUAACACCUAAAGAUAAAAUGCCAAAACCGGAUAUAGUCUUUUUUCCUAAACCGCCAAAAGCACCAGAUGGCAGCCUCAUGUAUGAUCGCAUACCGAAUAAAAUUAUAGAUUUAGAUAAGGAUAUAACCAUAAUACCAGCACCAGCGCCAUCGGCAUCGGCAAUGCGUAAAAGAGCACACGAGGAAACCCAACUUAAUGGUACAGAAGUUACAAUUGUACCGGCUGGCCCACCUACCAAAAGACCUAACAAGGAUCCAAUGCCCUCACAUUGUCCGAGCCCCGAACAAUUUGCUGCUAUGAUGGCUGCUUCAGGGCAACCAUUAUCAAGGCAUCAUCUAAAUGGUAAACCCAAAAUUGCUCAAAUGGCUCGUACCGGAAAUGGACGAAAGCAGGUUAUUAGUUGGAUGGAUGCACCAGACGAUGUUUACUUUAGAGCAACGGAAGCAAGCAAGAAAGCACGAAAAAUUCUAUCACCUACCGAUCUUAGAAGAGCAGCUCGAAAGCCUUGGCGUAAUAUUCCUAUUGCAAAGCCAAUUGUAACGAGCAGACCCAUUGAAUCACAGGUUGUGAUAUUAGACUGACCGUCAUCAGCGGCAUCCUUAACAUCAACCACAUCAACAUCAUCAUCAAUGAUUGAACAGCAGCAACAACAACAGCAACAGCAUAUAACACAAUAUCGCCCACAA